UUGUUUCCAGUUCACAAAUCUAAGUCGCAAAAAGAUUAAAAAACCCCAUUUUUAUUUAUGUCCCAACUCUUGCUUUAGACUUCACUCUCUAGCAUAGAAGCAAAGAGGUAGGAAAAGAAAAGCAAAGGCAAGAUAUGGGUUCGGUUUCACUGAAAAUUGGAGAUGGAACAGCUAGAUUCAAGAGAGCAACCCUUUGUUCUUCAGCUGUUAACAUUCUCAUGCUUUUCUCAGUUAUUACAACCAAUCUCUUUGCUUUAUAUGCCUUCACGUUUUCACCAAAACAACACUUAGACAACCCAUUUCACCAUCCUCACAGAAACAUCUCUCUGAUCUCUCAACAUGUCUCUUUGAUUAUAAAAGAGAUCGAUUCUUCUCAGAGGAAGCUUGCUCAAAUGGAAAAAGAGCUCCUUGGUUAUGACACUCUUGAUCUUUCAAGACCCAAUCUUGCUACUGAGCUCAAGUUGUUUUUGCAACAUCAUCAGCUUCCUUUGGGGAAGGAUUCCAGAACUGGGAUCACUGAGAUGGUGGCUUCUGUGGGACAUUCUUGUGAGAAAUCUGCUGAUUUGUUGUCCCAGUACAUGAGUUACAAGGUUUCUGGACCUUGUCCUGAUGACUGGAGUCUUGCGCAAAAGCUAAUCUUGAAGGGAUGUGAGCCUUUGCCGAGAAGGAGGUGCUUUGCCAAGACUGUUCCUAAGCCAGGUCUUACUUCUUUACCUGUUUCUCUAUGGAAACCUGUUAGUGAUAAGAUCGUUACUUGGAGUGGUCUUGGUUGCAAGAAUUUCAACUGUUUGAAUAGUAAAAAAUUGAGUAGGGGUUGUGUUGGUUGCUUUAAUUUGACUAACGGAUAUGAGACUCAAAAAUAUGUCAAGGCUAGAAGCAAGAAUGAUUUUGUUAUGGAUGAUGUGUUAGCUCUGGGGAGUGGUGGGAUUAGAAUUGGAUUUGAUAUUGGAGGUGGGUCUGGGACUUUUGCUGCUAGAAUGGCUGAGAGGAAUGUGACUGUGAUUACUAACACCUUGAAUGUUGAUGCACCACAUAGUGAAUUCAUUGCUGCAAGAGGCCUUUUCCCUUUGUUCUUGAGCUUGGACCAUAGGUUCCCUUUUUAUGAUAAUGUGUUUGAUUUGGUUCAUGCCACAAGUGGGUUAGAUGUUGAAGGUAAGCCAGAAAAAUUGGAGUUCUUGAUGUUUGAUUUAGAUCGUAUAUUAAGGGUAGGUGGCUUAUUUUGGUUAGAUAAUUUUUAUUGUUCUGAUGAUGAAAAGAAGAGUGCUUUAACUCGUUUGAUAGAAAGAUUUGGGUACAAGAAGCUGAAAUGGGUUGUAGGAGAGAAAACUGAUGCUGCUGGCUCUGGAAAACCUCAAGUUUAUCUAUCUGCUGUUCUACAGAAGCCUGUAAGAAUCUGAUGACCCAAGAUUUCCCGGAAAAUGGUGGAUGUUGGAAUUUUUUGUUCAGAUUUCUACCUUCAUCCACACAACUUGUGCAAAUCCAUUUAUUCUAAGGUGGAAUAAAGCUGCAAUAAUUUCCUUUCCUGACUUGCAAUGGCCUCUCUUCUGUAAUCUAAAACCUUUUUCCCCGUAAAAUCUCAGGACUUUAGCUCAUGUUUGUUAUUAUUAAGAAAAGAACUAUUGGGGAAUGGAAUUUUCAUAUUGUAUUCUUGAAGUUGUUUUUAUGAUAUUCAUAUGAUAUUUAGUUGUA